AUGGAUAUACAAUUUACUCCAAUAGGAAAAAGAAGUUCAAAUGGGUUUGAAGUACUUCAUAGUUAUCCCUCCGACGAUAGAAUAAACUAUCAAAGGAAUUUAAUUCAUCCGUUAAAAGAUACAACAAAUAAUUAUUUUGAUAAUGAUGAUAGUACAAAAGAAUCUAUUAAUGAAUAUAUACCUAAAAAAUAUAAUAGAAGUCCAAUAAAAGAAAUAAAUAUUCAAAAUACUGGUUUAGGUGUAAAAGAACUGGAAAAUAUUAUUCAAACUUUACGAGGUGAAUUAUUAAGUUGGAAAUUAAAAUAUAAAGAAUUAUUUAAAUCAUUAGAACAAUUUAAUGGAGAUAAAGAACUACUUGUUGAAAAUGCUGAUUUAAAAAAACAAUUGAUAAUUUUAGAAGAAAGAAUACGACAAAGUUCAACUGACGAUAAGAGACAUCAUAUAGAUAAAUUACAAAUGGAAAUUAAAAAGUUAGAGGAUAUAAUCAGUGAACUUCGAAAUGAAAAUAAGUCUCAAUUAACUGAUAUUCAUGAACUAUUGGAUCAAUCAGAAUUGGAUAAACAAGAUAUAAAUGAGUUAAGAAUGAAUUUACAACAAAAGAAUCAAGAGUCAAAUUCUUCAGAAGUUCAAAAGUUGGAGGAUUUAUUAAUCGAUGAAAAAAGAAACGCUGAUGAUCUUCUAAAACAGAUUGAGGAGAUUAAAUUGGUAAAAGAACAAUCAUCACAAAAGGAUAAAAGAACCAUUGAUCAAUUAAAUACCAUUAUUGAAGAUAUGAAGAAAACUCAAUCUAUUUCAAAUAACAGCCAGAUUCAUAAAUUGGAAAGACAAUCAGAACUUGAUAAAGCCAAAAUUGACGAUCUUAAACAAUCAAUUAUAGAUCUUGAGCAACAACUACAAGGAUUGUUAAAAGAAUCCAAAAACGAUAAUAAAUUAAUUCAUGAUCUUAGACUGCAAAUCUCAAAAAAGAAUUCUCAUAUCGACAGUUUAACAACCAAACUAUCAUCAUUAGAACUUCAAUUAGACUCAAUUAUAUCAAACCAAGACUUCAAUACCAAUCAUAAAAUUCAACAAUUAACUGAUCAAUUAAAUAAUGAAAAACAAAGAGUUAAUGAAUUGAAUAGAAAAUUGGAAUCAGCAUAUAAGGAAAGAGAAGAUACUUAUGAAGCAAAAUAUCACAAAGAUCAUUUAUUGGAAGAACAAAAACAAACCAUCAAUAAAUUGAAAUCAGAAUUGGAGAUAGAAGUUCAACAUUCCAAUAAUUUAAAAGUCAAAAUCAACAAUCUUACAACAAAGAAAUUCGAGAAAGAAGAAUUAGAAAGUCAUUUUAUUUCACUUGAAAAUGAAAAUGAAACUUUAAGAAAAGACCUUAAAAAAUCAGAUGUCUAUUGUGAGAACCUUUUGGAAGAAAAUACUGAAAUGAAAGCAGACAUAAAAACUUUGAUUAAAGAAAAUGAAAAUUCAAAAUUACAAAUGCAAUCUACAAUUGAAAAAUUGGAACAUGAUAUUAUUGAUCUUGAAGAUGAAAAUAGACUACUAAGGUCGGCUAAACAACAACCAGGUAAUGAUACUUUGUAUGAGGAUAAUGUUGAAUUGGUGAAAAAAGUGAGAUCAAUGCAAAGGAUUUUGGGAGAACUUGGAAUCUCAGAUGAACUAGAGUUGACACAAUUUGAGAAAGAGUUGAAAAGAGUUAUAUCCACAAUGAAGAAUGAAGUAAAGGAAGGAGACUCUGUUAUAAAUCAAUUGAAAAAAGAUUUAAGUCAUGCUCAUAAUGAAAGAGAGAUGUUGAUCGAGGAUUUAAAAACAAUACAAGAUGAAAAUAAUUUGUUAUCCUCAGAUAUGAGAGUUAUUCGAAAUGAAAAUAAACUGUUAAAUUCUGAUUUAAAAAGUGCUUUGGAUACCAUAAAGGAACUUCAAAAUGAAUUAGCCAAUUCACAAGACAAUAGACUACUAAAUCAAGAAAAUCUCAAAAAGGAUCUUAAAUCACUAGAGCAAGAAAAUAACGAACUAAAACGUCAAAUUAAACUUCUUGAAAAUGAAAAAUCUAAUUUGGAGAAAGAUUUAAGUUUCAGUCAAGAACAAUUUAAAAAAAUUGAACAAAAUGAAGGAGAAUCCCCUAUCCAAGCGUAUCACGAUUUUCAAUUGAAUCAAGCUCGUAGUGAUUAUAAUAAAUUGAUGGAAGAUUAUAAAAAAGCAAUGGUAGACCACGAUUCAAAAGUAGUCAAUCUAAAAGAAGAACAUUUGUACAAAAUUAAAAAAUUACAAGACAAACUUAAUGUAUCAAAUGAAGAACUUUUAAAAGCAAAUGGAGAUAUAAAAAUGUUGACAGAUCAAAUUUGGAAAAUCAAAAGUAAAAUCCAUGGUGGUAAUGAUUCAUCUAAUAGAGUAAGAUUUUUAAGAGAUGAAAGUAAUUAUUUCAGAAUAAGAUAUAAAGAUACAAGUUUGAAAAAGAAUGACUUUGAAUUUUUAUACAAUUUUGCCAUAAAUCAAAUAAAAUUAAGUCCUUUACCAAUUGAUGAUGAUUCAAAAUUAAUAAAAGUUGGGAUAUAUCCAAAUUAUAAUAAAGGUACAGUUAAAACAAAACCUCCAACUUUUAAAACUAUAGCUCAGUUUGUACUAGCUGCUGUAAGAUUAAAAAAUAGAGCUGAUUUUGGAAAAAGUAAAUUUCUUCAUGUUGAAAAAAUUAAAAAUAAAUUAGAUUUUGCAAGAUCAAAGUAUAAAGAAUAUAUUAAUGCUUGA